CUCUCUGGAAGCGGACGCAGGGGGCGCCGCGAGAGGGCAGCGCGCGCGCGGGGAGCCGAGGAGCGAUGCUUCUGAGGUUGCUGCUGCUGCUGCUGCGGUUGCGCCAUCUGUCAGGAUCCCCGCUGGAAGAGGAGGAGGAGGAGGAGGAGGAGAAGAGGCAGAGCGAGGCCGCUUGGGCUUGAAUCCUCAGCAAAGAAGGGGAGACAUACAAGAAGGGAAAGAGAGAGAGAGAGAGAGAGAGAGGGAUUGAAGGGGAAGCGCGCGCCCGCCUCCUGUUCCCCGGACAGGAGGCAGCAGCUCACGCGCCAGACAAAGCUUCUGCUUCUGCUGCUCCUAAGCAGGGGCUUCGACGUCCCAGUCCUCCCCGCCCUUGUGAUUUCGGGCUUGGAGGAGAAAACGACGACGGCGGCGCCUCCUCUGCUGCUUGCUGCUCCUCAUCAUCUUCUUGCCACCGCCCUGCGCAGAGGCAUUGAGAGAGAGAGCGGGGAGGAAAAAUCUGACAGACGUUUUUGAGAAGAUGUGGUGAAUAAAACCUACUUGUAUCUACAGGGGGGAAAUUCUGGAUUUUAGAUAAUGGGCUGUGUGCAAUGUAAGGAUAAAGAAGCAACAAAACUGACGGAGGAGAGGGAUGGCAGCUUAAACCAGAGUUCAGGUUAUCGCUAUGGGACCGAUCCCACCCCCCAGCAUUAUCCAAGUUUUGGUGUGACUUCCAUUCCAAACUACAACAACUUUCCUACAGCUGGAGGACAGGGACUGACUGUCUUUGGUGGUGUCAAUUCUUCUUCACAUACUGGCACAUUGCGUACAAGAGGAGGAACAGGUGUAACUCUUUUUGUGGCUCUCUAUGACUAUGAAGCAAGAACAGAAGAUGAUUUAAGUUUUCAUAAAGGAGAGAAAUUUCAAAUACUUAACAGCUCGGAAGGUGACUGGUGGGAAGCCCGUUCUUUGACUACAGGAGAAACUGGUUAUAUUCCCAGUAAUUAUGUCGCUCCGGUUGACUCCAUCCAAGCUGAGGAAUGGUACUUUGGCAAACUUGGACGAAAGGAUGCCGAGAGGCAGCUGCUGUCAUUUGGAAACCCACGUGGAACCUUCCUGAUUCGUGAGAGUGAAACCACCAAAGGUGCCUAUUCAUUGUCUAUUCGUGACUGGGAUGAUGUAAAAGGAGAUCACGUCAAACAUUAUAAAAUUAGAAAACUUGACAAUGGGGGAUAUUACAUUACAACCAGGGCACAGUUUGAAACUCUUCAACAGCUUGUUCAGCAUUAUUCAGAGAGAGCUGCAGGUCUUUGCUGCCGCUUAGUAGUCCCUUGUCAUAAAGGAAUGCCAAGGCUUACUGAUCUGUCUGUCAAAACCAAAGAUGUCUGGGAAAUUCCACGAGAAUCACUGCAGUUGAUCAAGAGACUGGGAAAUGGGCAGUUUGGGGAAGUAUGGAUGGGUACCUGGAAUGGGAAUACUAAAGUAGCAAUAAAGACAUUGAAGCCUGGCACAAUGUCCCCAGAAUCAUUCUUGGAAGAGGCUCAGAUCAUGAAGAAGCUAAAGCAUGACAAGCUGGUCCAGCUUUACGCUGUGGUGUCUGAAGAACCUAUCUAUAUUGUCACAGAGUACAUGAGUAAAGGAAGUUUGCUAGAUUUCUUGAAGGAUGGAGAAGGAAGAGCCCUGAAAUUGCCAAACUUAGUGGACAUGGCAGCACAGGUUGCUGCAGGGAUGGCUUACAUCGAGAGGAUGAAUUACAUACACAGAGACUUGCGUUCUGCAAACAUUUUGGUAGGAAAUGGUCUAAUAUGCAAAAUCGCUGAUUUUGGCUUAGCAAGACUAAUUGAAGACAAUGAAUAUACAGCCAGACAAGGUGCAAAGUUUCCCAUAAAAUGGACCGCCCCAGAAGCUGCACUGUAUGGACGGUUUACAAUAAAAUCAGAUGUCUGGUCCUUUGGUAUAUUACUAACAGAGCUAGUAACAAAAGGGAGAGUGCCAUACCCAGGUAUGAAUAAUCGUGAAGUCUUAGAACAGGUAGAGCGGGGCUACAGAAUGCCAUGCCCCCAGGAUUGCCCCAUUUCUCUACAUGAGCUUAUGAUCCACUGCUGGAAAAAAGACCCGGAAGAGCGCCCAACAUUUGAGUACUUGCAGGGUUUCCUUGAAGACUACUUUACCGCAACUGAACCCCAGUACCAACCAGGUGACAACCUGUAAUUUUCCUGGCCUUUGCAGACUACAAUGAUCAUCAUCGAGAGUUGCAUUUGCAGCCGACCAAGGCUGACUGGCUUCUCCCAAGGUUGCACCCAAGAGCGCCAAAAUGCACUGGAGGCCGAAGAUGAGAACUAGAGCUACCUGUCCUAGAAAUCUGAAUGUCUUCUAUGAACAGAAAAAUGAACACUUGGUUUUGUUCUUAAUCAGAGACUUUGAAACUGCAUUCUUUUGAUGUUAUGUAAACUGCAAAAUCUUUUGUUCAGUGUAAAUAGUAAUUCAGUGCCAAUAACUUAUCCUAGUGCUUUCCUUUUUUAAAAAAAUAAUGCAAAAUUAUGUGAUUUUAACUAGUGUUCUCCUGGUUCGACUAAAGUAUUAUUUUCCAAAAGUGGCCUCUUUUUGUCUACAUUUUUUCAUGUUCUAACAAAAUAAAAUCAGGACCAGUGUUUGAGGGUUUUGUUUUGCUUUUGCUUUUAUAUAUAAGAUAUAUGUAAAAUAUAUACAUACCUGUAUAUAUAGUCCAUGGGUGCUAUUACAGAGGAAACUCAUUUCAGAAACAAUUAGCCAUAAUGCUGACGCACCCAGAAAAAGACUAACUUCACUGGAGAUGUGAAACACUGGUGGAGUCUCUGAAAGCCAGUGACUGAAUUUUUGGCUUUUGCCCAGCAUGACUUUUUUAAAUUGGAUUGCACUUUUUGGUUUGACUGUGUACCUGUAGAUCGUUGUAACUUUUUGAUCUUUCAGAACUCACGUGCAGCAUUUCCAGCAACAUUUCCCAACUGCGUGGUUUAAUUUUGUGAUCGAAGUUGAAAUGAACAUCUUAAAGCGAGAAUAUCUGCUGUUGCCAAUUUGGACUGGAAGGUUGAACUGCAAGUACGUUCCUGUAUGAGAAUAUGUAUAAUGAACGUUUUCUGAAUCUUUUUUUAUUACAAAAAAUAAUAAACCUUGCAGUCACCUGCAAUAGUCUCAACCUCAUAGCAUUCUGGUCAUGUCCACAUGCUUAACCCAUUCAUCAGGCAUCAACUAGAAUACUUUUUUUGCGUGUACCAUUUCCCAUCGUGAGAUAGGUGUUUUAAAUGUCCUGUACUGCUAAUGAAAUUACUUCCAUUAUGUCUACAAGUGUUGCAGUGGAAUUACUAUGCACUUCUUUCACGGGAAAUGGGAGUGGGGAGGGAUGCACACAAGUUAUUACUUUAUCAGUUUGUACCAGCCUCAAAUUCCUUCCUUCUAACCAAAAAGAAAGAAACAAAAAAGCCCCAUCCUUUCUAUUUCUCUCUUAAGUUCGUUUUCUAAAAUAAUGUUACAGUCCUAAUUACAUUUUGUUAUUGUUUAUUUGUAAGUUUACAUUUUUAAAAUGUUUAACUGUCUUAAUUUAGUAAUUAAAAGAGAGCAUUUUA